CUUCUGCCUUCUGUUACUCUUGAAGUUGAAAAAAUGGCUGCGCUCUUUGCUUCAGCUACCUCCUUCGUUGUUCCUUCGAAAGCUCAAAUCUCACCAAUCCCUAACGAUGUUUAUUGUUCGAGGCCUUCCCUCCGUUUCUAUUACUCAUCGUCUAAGGUGAAAGUUCGAAUUGGAUCCAUGAAGUGCCAAGCUACUGGAGAAAGCUCUCAGACUUCUUCCGAUCGAACAAUUUAUCAGGGAAUUUACGGUCCCUGGACUGUUGAGCCCUCGGAUGUUCGCGAGGUACUGUUGUAUAGAGCAGGUUUAGUGACCAGUACUGCGUCAUUUGUCAUUGCGGCUUCAACGUGUUUUGUACCAGACACAUCAUUCAGGGAGAUUGUAGAGCCAUAUCUUGAUUUGUUAUAUGCAUUUGGAGCUGGAGGACUGGGCUUAUCAUUGUUCUUAAUUCACAUAUAUGUUUCCGAGAUUAAGCGCACCCUACAAGCAUUAUGGGCACUUGGUGUUGUUGGAUCUUUGGCAGCAUAUUUAAACCUUGCCCAGCCAAUUGGCCAGAGCUUGACUCUAUACGUUGUUGACAAUCCAACAGCAGUGUGGUUUGUUGGGCCUCUCUUUGCAGCUCUGACAGGACUCGUCUUCAAGGAGGGCCUCUGCUAUGGAAAGUUGGAAGCUGGUGUUUUGACUUUCACUAUCCCCGCACUUCUUCUUGGGCAUCUGACUGGUUUAAUGGAUGAUGGAGUGAAACUUGGUCUAUUGGGUUUAUGGAUGGCUCUCUUUGCCGUAUUUGCAGCGAGGAAGUUCACUCAGCCAAUUAAGGAUGACAUUGGUGACAAAUCAGUGUUCGUGUUCAAUGCACUCCCUGAAAGUGAAAAGAAUGUUUUGCUUGAAAAACUUGAGCAGCAAAAGUUUGGCCAGAAGCUUAAUUAGAAAGUACAGUAAAGCACCCAUUAAUUAUAUGAAGUAGGAUGCAACAACAGCUCGGAAGCAGAUCCAACAGAUCUCAUGAAACACUGGUUGCUGCACUCGCUAAAUGUGUCAAAAUCACUAUCUACCCAACCUCCAGAUUCUGCACUAUGCAUUGGUUUUUUGUAACAUUUCCACAUGAAUGUAGGCUGAUAAUACAGUUGCAAUGCUACAGCCUCAUUUUAAUUGUAGUAAUAAUCUUAACAUUUGUAAUAGUUUUUCCUUCUUUUUGAUAGGUAAAAAUCAAUUGUAGUUGAUGUU